CGGCGGGAGCUGCUCCCCGGAGCCGGCGGGCGCCCAGCGAGCCCAGAGUCGCGAGCGGGCAGUGGUGGUGCGGCAAGCCGAAGGGAGCUCAGCGAGAGCGGCGGCGGGACGGACCUCCCCGCCGACACCGGGACUCCGCUCACCCCGACGCCGAUCCCUGCUUGGCAUAUUAACCAAAGGCAAGAAGGACUGAGCUUGUCUCCAUUCUGGGUGCUGCCAUUCACAAGAUCUCUGUGACAGACUGUAAGGCCCAAGCCCACCGUGCUGUCCUGCUCGCCCCAGACAUCUUUCUGGGGUCCACUUGAGGUCAGCAGUGUGAAGAUGAUCAGUGCCCUUUUAGCAUGACGACCUUGGACCAUGUCAUCGCUACCCACCAGUCAGAGUGGGUCUCCUUCAGUGAAGAGCCACGGUUCCCUGCCCCUUCAGAGGGGGGCACUGAAGAACCCUUCCCAGGAUUGUCGUCUUCCUCAGACCGCUCUGAGAGCUCCUCUGGGGAGAACCAUGCGGUGGAUGAAGGCUCCCAGGACCUUUCACACUCUGAGCAGGACGACUCCUCUGAAAAGAUGGGCCUUAUCUCCGAAGCGGCCUCCCCUCCGGGGAGCCCAGUGCAGCCCACGCCUGACCUGGCCUCAGCCAUCAGCAACUGGGUCCAGUUUGAAGAUGACACACCUUGGAGCAGCACCUCACCACCUCACAAGGAAACAGCCCUCACAUUGACCAUGCCCUGCUGGACAUGCCCUUCCUUCGACUCUUUGCGAAGAUGCCCUUUGACAUCUGAGAGCAGCUGGACCACCCAUUCUGAUGACACUACCAGUCCUAGCGUCGCUCCUUCAUCCACAGACCUGCAGCUCAUCAACGCUGAGGAGCAGGCGAGCGGCAGGGCUUCCGGAACCGACUCCACUGACAACUCCUCCUCCUUGCAGGAAGAUGAAGAAGUAGAGAUGGAGGCUAUCAGUUGGCCGGCUGGCAGUCCAGCCAUGAAUGGGCACCCUGCCGUUCCACUAGUGACCACAGCUCGUUUCCCAAGCUGGGUCACCUUUGAUGACAAUGAAGCUGGCUGCCCUUUGCCACCGGUCACCUCUCCAGUGAAGACAAGCACUCCAUCUGUUGCAACUGCCACCCCGGAUGUACCUGUACCUUACAACUCAACUGGGUCAUUUAAGAGGGACCGUCCCAAGAGCACAUUGGUGAACUUCUCCAAAGUUCAGAAGCUGGACAUUUCCUCCUUACACCGUCCACCUUCUGUAAUCGAGGCCCCGCCCUGGAGGGCCACCAACCCUUUCCUGAAUGAGACUCUUCAGGACGUACAACCUUCCCCUAUCAACCCGUUCAGCGCUUUCUUCGAAGAGCAGGAACGGCGCUCCCAAAACAGUUCUGUUUCCAGUACCACGGGCAAAAGCCAAAGAGAUUCUCUCAUCGUCAUCUACCAGGAUGCCAUCAGUUUUGACGAUUCGGGCAAAAGCCAGUCCCACCCUGACGCUAUUGAAAAGCUCAAACAACUGCAUAUUGAGGACCCUGAUCACGUGGGCAGUACGGCCCUGCCAGAUGAUGACCCCGCAGCCUGGGUUGAACAAGAAGCUCAUUCACCUGCCUCGGCUCUGACUCAGCCCAGGGAUGGAUGGCCAAUGAUGCUGAGAAUCCCCGAGAAGAAAAACAUCAUGUCCUCCAGGCACUGGGGACCAAUCUACGUCAAACUGACAGACAGCAGUUACCUGCAGCUGUAUUACGAGCAAGGCCUGGAAAAACCAUUCCGCGAAUUCAAGCUGGAGAUCUGUCACGAGGUUUCAGAACCCCGGCUCCAAAACUACGACGAGAACGGGAGGAUCCACAGCUUGAGGAUAGACCGCGUCACUUACAAGGAGAAGAAGAAAUACCAGCCCAAACCUGCUGUGGCCCACACAGCAGAGAGGGAGCAGGUGAUUAAACUGGGCACCACCAAUUACGAUGACUUCCUGAGCUUCAUCCGCGCCGUUCAGGACCGUCUCAUGGAUUUGCCAGUGCUGUCCAUGGACUUGAGCACAGUUGGCUUAAACUACCUCGAAGAGGAGAUAACGGUGGACGUCAGAGACGAAUUCUCCGGCACGGUAAGCAAAGGAGACAACCAGAUCCUCCGGCACCGUGUCUUGACACGGAUACACAUUCUGACUUUCCUCUCCGGGCUGGCCGAGUGCCGCCUGGGUCUCAACGACAUCCUUAUCAAAGGGAACGAAAUCGUUUCUCGGCAGGACAUCAUGCCCACCACCACCACGAAGUGGAUUAAGCUCCACGAGUGCCGUUUCCACGGGUGCGUGGAUGAGGACGUGUUUAACAGCUCCCGAGUUAUCCUGUUCAACCCUUUGGACGCAUGCCGGUUUGAGCUGAUGAGGUUUAGGACGGUAUUUGCUGAGAAGACCUUGCCCUUCACGCUCAGGACGGCAGCGAGCAUCAAUGGGGCGGAAGUGGAGGUGCAGAGCUGGCUACGGAUGUCUCCGGGAUUCUCCUCUAACCGCGACCCUCUCACUCAGGUUCCCUGUGAGAACAUAAUGGUCCGCUACCCGGUGCCCAGUGAGUGGGUGAAAAACUUCCGCAGGGAAAGUGUUCUGGGGGAAAAGUCUUUGAAAGCCAAAGUGAACCGGGGGGCAAGUUUUGGCUCUGCUGGAGCCUCUGGCUCUGAGCCUGUGAUGAGAGUAACUCUGGGGACUGCCAAGUACGAGCACGCCUUCAACGCCAUUGUGUGGAGGAUAAACCGGCUGCCAGACAAGAACUCAGCUUCUGGUCACCCACACUGUUUCUUUUGCCACCUCGAGCUUGGCUCUGACCGGGAAGUGCCUUCCAGAUUUGCCAAUUAUGUAAAUGUUGAGUUCACCAUGCCCACGACUUCAGCCUCCAAAGCAGCUGUGAGAUCCAUCUCUGUGGAAGACAAGCCUGAUGUCAGGAAGUGGGUCAAUUAUUCUGCACACUACAGCUACAAGGUGGAAAUUGAACAAAAAAAGAGUCUGAAGCCAGACUUUGAGGGGGAGGACUUGGAAAAUCCAAAGGAAUGUGGGGUUCAGUGACAGUGGCCCACCUGCAAGGACCUGAGGAACGCUGACUCCUGAAUAAUUCAAGAUUAAGUCAACACCUGCUGUGGCUGCUCCAUGUGGAGGGCAGUCUACCCCAGUUUCCUGUGUGCAGUUUCCCGUGUGUGACAGGAAAUCCUGAGGGAGCUGCUUUCAACAGCUCCUUGACACUGAGCAUGCCCAAAGCACAUGGUGCACCCGGCUUUCAGAGUUUAUUAUCUGUUGAGCCUCCUUGUCUUUUUUCUGCUUAUAUCAUGGCAAUGGUGUGUGGUUUGUGGUGACCAUUAGAGACCCGAAAAGAACAUCCAAUGUCAGUGUUGGCACUGUUUGCUUCCAGUACUAAUCUGUCACUUGGAAGUUUCUGGAAAAAAAGCAGCCUUGAGAAUCCAUCUCUAUUGCUCCCAUAAAAAGAUCCAAAGAGGUUUCAAAGCCAUUUCCUCUUUGGGUCUGCUAGGCCUUUUCUAGAUGGUUCUAUUCUUUAAAUGUUGGUGUUAUGUAGCAGAGGUUUUCCAGAUGUUUCCCUUCUGAUUCUGGAUUGUCCAAGAUCAAAAUAUUUUUGCAACUUAUCCUUUUCCAUUUGCUGUCUUAAGUCAUGAGUGGGAAGUGCCCUAUCGGAUAUUUUCAAAUUUAGGGAUUGGAGAUUAAGUCUACAAAUGCACUGGAUUGGAUUUACAGUUUGUUGAGAAAAAAAACAAAACUGAGCUUAUUUUUCUUCACUUAAGGAAAAAGGCAUUAAGUGUAAGUUUAUAUUCAGUUUAGAAGAGCUUCAAUCAUAAAGAAUUGCCAAAUCUUCACUGACCACUUCUAAUUCCUGAGUGGCUAUGAGUCCAUGUGUAUAAAGGUAAAAGAAAGACACUUGGGAGUUCUUUUUAUACCUCAUAUGCAAUGACUGUUGAACAUCCUUUUAACUCAAAAUUUAGAGGAAACUUAAGCUAAAAAUAUCAUCAUAAAAGCUGAGUUUGAAUGAGCUUUGCCCCAAAUUGAGAGGUUGGUAGUCGCAGUGUCGUGAGAGUUCAAAAACACAGAAGGCUCCAGGGUCAGGCUGGGGAGAGCCGGUUUCCCAGUGUCACAAACUUGAAAUGCUGGUCCAGGAAUCAGAGCAGCUGCCCUCUCCCUCACAAGUUCCCACCCCCGGCUUCUCUAACCCCUGCGUGUUUGUACCGCAGUGUUUUCUCUCAUGAAGAAUACAGUAAGCGGACAGAAUGCAUAUUUUAUCAGACUUGGGAGACGUGUGGAAAUAAGUAGAAAAUACCUGCAGUUUGGGACUUAGUGAUUCAAGUUUUGUUUUUUAUCAUUAUUCAGCUCGUGUUUAGUGAGAUUUGAACCAUGUACUGACAUUAUGCAUUAGAAAUCACUGCAAUGUUUUGAAGUAUAUUUUUAACUAAGCAUUAGAUUGAAACAAAAAGGACACGCUGUGUGGGCAUAAAUAAGAAGACCUGUACUCUGAGUUUUUAAAAUGCAGCCUUUUCAGUACAGACGGGUGUGUGUGUGUGUGUGUGUGUGUGUGUGUGUGUGUGUGUGUAUGUAUGUAUUGAUGAGAACUGGGGAGACUUGGUUUUAUAGCAUUUCAUACAGAAAUAUUUCCUUGAGUUCCUUUUGAACCAGGUAUGUAUCAUGGCUAUCCACGAAGCUAACGCAUUCCGUCUGUGGUGUCAGGUGUUGAUCAGUUCUGCAUGGUGCAUUGCCGAGCUCAAGCCUGGAUGGAGAGUUAUGUUUAAGUACAGCUACUGUAUUUUAGGAGAAACAUUGAUAAGUUGACUGUGUCCACAGGCAGGUGACCAGAGUUGUGAAGAUCCUGACUAUGUAAGGAACAGGGGGUCCACUGUCCCGCAGAACCAAGGGUAGAGCUGGGAAGGGAGUGCGGAGAAGUUAGGAGAUGGUUCUAUUGGUUAGCCAAUACCGGCCUCAAAGUUCUGCUGAGCUAUAAAAAGGAAGAGGAGUUAGCUUUGUUUGCAUAACUUCAAAGGCAAAAAAAAAAUCAGGAACAGAAGAUAACUCUAUAGAUGACAGAUGUUCACUCAAUCUAGUAAGAAGUUUUCUAAAGAAAGAAAGGGUCAGAUGAGAUUUCCUGCUGCAGCAAACACCCAAACAUGAAUGUAGCCACCUACCCUAGGUGCAGUGGAAAGGAUUAUCAUGUUUGAUUUGGGCAAGAUGGCAGGAAAGAUAUUUUUCCAAAUAGUCUUGAUCAGGCAUGCGGCUGUCUAGCUCCAGAUGGCCCUUCCUCUGUGUUUUCAUGCUGUUGGGGGACAGUGGGGUUCUCAAAAAGAAUUAAUCAAAGACUUCCAUGUCAUUUUCUCUGUUGGGCUAAAGGUCUAAAGAGUUCUCAGAUGUCCAGCGGGUUGGAGGGUCGGCAGGAUGACUGAAGGUCAUCCCUGGCUUAGCCCUGUGUUAGGGGCCCUGCCUCUGCUGCUGGCCUAGCAGCACCUGUUUUUCUUGUCCUUCCCAUCCUCUUGGUUAAUUCUUGCCUUGGUGCUUUACCCGGACUGUUUGGAUUUUUGUUGUUGUUUUGCCUUAACCAAAAGAUUAAAAUAUAUAUAUAUCCCCUGUGUGCUAUUUAUAAUUAGCAAGCAAAUAUCACUAAUUUUUGAAAAUCUACUACCUUGGUUCCAUCAAAUUUGGUUUGCCUCUACUGUGCUUGGGGUCAGUAUGAAUAAUAUGUAGGGAGAUGAGGAGUAUAAUGAAAUCUAUUUUAGGUCUUCCUGAAAGCCUACCUAAAAACCAUAGUUGGGCAAAUUACCCUUUUGAUAAGCAGAAUGUGUGCAUGCCACCUUGGACUUCAGUUUUUAUUUUUCUUGUGCUUACAAAAAAAAAGAACCCAAAUCCAUGUCAUCAACAAUGUAAAAAUAUGAAGGGUGGGUUGAUUUUUACUAAUAGAGUUAGAACACAUUAGAUGUCACAGCAUCAAAAACUAUUUUUGAGUCUAGGGAUUGUAUUUCAACUUUACAUUGAGACAGGAGAAAAAAUAUAUAUAUAAUCAUUUUAAUAUACCAGGACUGCCAGUGUAGCUCAAUGGCAGAGAUUUUACCCAGCAUGCAAACAGUCCAGGACCACAAAAACAACAAAAAAAGAGUGGGAGGUAUUUUGAGGACAGAUCACUGAAACAUAGUAUUAGUCAUUCCUGAUCAAAAGGUAGCGCUUUGUUCUGACUGUUUUCUGGACUGUUUUUUUUUUUUUCUGUUUGCUUCCUCACCUCCUCACUACUUUCCCACAUUUACUGUCAGAGCUCCUCCUCAAGAGCGUUCCUUAAUUUAAAAGAGUUCUUAUUUGAAAUGGGAGUAACUUCUGUUUAGAAACAUGGUUGGGAUCCUCAAAGCUGUAUUCCUGGGAAAUGUGAUUCAUGCCGACAAGGAACCUGUCUUUUCAUUGUGAUUCAAAUGCCUAUAACAAGCGCAAGCUACAGCAGGGCUCAGCCACUUUAAACGCUGACUUCUAAAUCAAGCAUAUUCAUUAAAUAAAUGGAAAUUAUUGACACUUUGACUCUGAGACCGUUUAUCCUCUGCUUAGAAUCCAGUACUCUGUUUACAGCCAGCAAGCAGCGUUUGUUUUCUGGAGGACUGAAAUAAUUCUGCUUUUUUUAUUCCUGCCUCCGGCGUCAACCACGUGUCAGGAUGGAGGCACUUAAUGUGUUGCUGAAUCUGACCCUGCGGUGUCCCUCAUUCAUCUCGAGAAACACUUGUACGCUCAGAGGUGCAGGAGCGCAGGUGCAGCCCACAGUCAGGCUAUCGAUUUAGUUUUAUUGCUGCCAAUCAAACAGGCCCGGGAGCCUCUGCCUUGCCUGUGAGAGUGACUAGUGGAAGAUGCGCGUCGGACGAAGUGCGCAGCCAGUCCUUGCUGGGUCGGGUCUUUGUCCUCCCAGCUGUAAUCACUGACCAGUGCUACUGUGCAUGGCGGGUCCCCACAUGAGAUGGGGGUCAGAGACAGGAAGGCUGGACUCACCCCUGAAACACGAUUUCAAAGCUGAUUUACAUUUUUAUCAUCAGCUUAGGGGUAGGAAAACGAGAGAUUGAGUUGACUUUUAUUUUCUUUUGAAAGUCUUGGGAAUUGUGAGUAGGAAGUCCUGCCAUCUAACAUAGUUUUAUAAAGUCUCCUGGUAAAAAGUGAUGAAUUUAUCUCUUCUAAGAAUGGUUCGAUUUAGCUGGGCAGUGGUGGCUCAUGCCUUCAGUCCCAGCGCUUGGGAGGCAGAGUCUGAGUUUGAGGCCAGCUUGGUCUAUAAAAUGAGUUCCAGGACAGCAUUACACAGAAAAAAAACCCUGUUUUGAAAAAAAAAAAAAAAAAGAUAGUAGUUGAUUUAAAGUAAUCCUAGCAUGUCUGACGUUGAGAUUAGAAUUUGAUAGAGAAUUCAAAUAAAACUAACAUAAAAUUAAGUAAAAAUACACCAUCUAGUAAAUAUACCAUCUUGUGUUAACACUUCACUACCAAACCAUGACAGCAUUCUGUAUAAAACUGUUAGUAUAUUUUCACUCUGGUUCUACUGGACAUUUUCUAAACAUGACCAAUGUCGAUUAACCAAUUCCCUACAAAUCACACUUUAACUGUAUUCUUUGUAAAUGAGAUUGGCUCUAGGUGGUAUCAUUCAUAAUUGUGUAUUAAAGGAAUUAAACGUGAAGGAGAUGCAGGAGGGCAGUCUUAAGUGUAGGAACAAAUGCAUGUAUUAGUAAUAGUCCCAUGGUCACCUGAGCAAGAACAUGGACGUUUAAUAUUUCUCCCAGUGUGCCUUAACCAAUUUGCUAACAGAAGUCCAGUACUAUACUUUAAGAGCUGCAAAACAGAGUGGGAAUACUUGUAAUUCCAAGCCCCAAAAGGUAGAAAGUUUCAGUAGUACUAUGUUCUGCAGAACCUGGAAAGAUGCAAAUAAAAAUGGGAAAAGUUGGGUUUUCUGUGACUAUUUAAAGGAUAUAAGCAUGGACAGAAUCACUACUGUUAAAUGACCUGUUAUUUUUCCCAGUUCGCCUUCACUUUCCAGAGACAAAAGAGACAGCUGGACUUUUGUUUCUUUGGUUGUUUUCUUUUUUCCCCAGCUGUGGCUUUUAUGGGUUAUUUUACAAAAUAAUCAUUUCCUGUCACAUUUUUUUUAUAUUCUGUGUCAGUAUGAUUCUUUAUAUAUGCUUAAGAACCAAAAAGUUUAAAAUACGAAAGUUGGGGAGAACAGCUAGUUUAUCUUUUUCCUGCUCAGCCUCCUCUCCUCCCCCAUCUAUCAUCUGCUCACAUGACAGAAAUGCAGGAAAUCCCCCCCAAUCAUUUGUUCUGUAGUUGGCUUCAGAGGGGCAGAAAUGUCAAAUGAACAGUCUCCCAAGUGGACAUUGGGAUGCGAAUACUGGGUAAAGCAGGUCCAACCCUCCAAGUUACUAAAGAUGUUAAGAUGCAGGACAUUGGCAUGAUCUGAUUUGUAGAUACGUCUUUCAUGUGAAUGACUGCAUGAGGGAGGGGGAAACAGAAACUAAUCUGGAGCCAUCUAUAAUUAUAACACAACCAAAUGAGAGAAAAGGGCAGUUGCCACAUAUAAAGAUUCACUUAAAUUUUUUAUUUAAUGUGGAUAGUUAUACGUAGCUUCUCUGUGUGGUGUGUGAGUAUGACUAGUUUCUUUCCUGGUUAGAUGUAAUGGGUCACUUCUCACUGGUCAGAAGGAGUUCUAGCAUCCUUUCUUUGUUCAUUCCCAUGUUCUGUCUCAUGAAACUCCAGUUCUCACUGUGGACACCAGCCACACUGUGACUGAAGCCUUAAGCACCACCAUUGCUCAUCUCCAUGUGCUUCAUAGGACCAGUCAUCCCAGUGAGACUCUACAGCAGCAGUUCUGUAGACACAGAUGCACACUUCACUGCCAGCAGAAGCCUAUUGGAUUUAAGGGUUUUCAAGAAUGGUGUGUGACAUGAAUCUCUUUCCCCUUUAGCCAACAUUCAUUUAUCUUUUAUGUUCACUUGCCAACAGAAACUGGACAACCCUUUGCCAUAUUCAGAAGGUUAAUCAGGAUCAGUGUUUGAGACAAGAAAUGACAGAGGGGCAUCCUUCCUCAUCCUCCAUUUUUGUAAUGUCCAUAUGAAUUUCAUUGUGUCAGGUGGUUGAACCCAAAAUGACUUGACCGAACUAUGGCUUGUAUUUCCCUUCAUUUGUCAUUCAUCCUCACUCACUGUAACUUCUUGCACUAUUGUGGCUCAUUUUAUGUAAAACCAGUUAACUUUAAAAACAAUGUGCCUAUGUAAUAAAGUCUACACACUGGCUAUUUCUGUAGAGGUGAUGUUUUGUUUUAGAUGUUUUGCUGAAUAAUCUGUAAUAUCUUUUUUGAGCUAUGGAAAGGAAGUAUUAAUAAAAAAAAAUUAAGUAAAGUGUCAUUGUAUUGUUUAAUGAAUACAGGCAUGAUUAAGAGUACAUGUUUGUCUAGCAUGGUAUUGUAUGUCUAAUAAAAGAAAACAAUGCAUGUUUACUAAUGAGAUCUAUUACCCAGCCAAUAUAGUUUUUGUCAUGAGCUGACAAGUAAUUUGAUUAAAUUAUUCCACAUAAAUUGA